GUUGCUAUCUUCUCUCCUCUCAAUCGGCUAUACUCUCAUUCUCUCUCUGUCUCAAACACGCACAUUCACACUCUCUCUCUCUCUCGCUUUUGCAGGCUCUCAGCAGGAAGCAUCGGCAUAGGCUUGCUUGAUUCAGGUCAUUUUCUGUGAGAAAUUUCUGGCUGUGGAUACUUCAUCCAGCAUUUGCCAAAGGGUUAUCUGUUCUCACGGUCAGUGAUGGUGUGACAGACACAUCGUUCACGAUCUGAUCUUCCCAAGAGGGAGCCACUGAGGACUAGCUGGCAGAUGAUGCAUCAGUGGGAGGAGGAAAGGCUGUGUUUAUCUGCUGUCCCCGUGUCACAGAGAGCUUCUGAGGAGCAUUCAGCUGCCAGCAGUAUCCACAGGCUUCAGCCAUCCAGCUGUUCACCUCACUGUCACAGCUAAAGUGAUGAGUCCCUGCCUUCCCUUUCAGGACUAAAAGUGUACAGGAGGUCAAUGGGCUGGACUAUGAUUCAAAAAGAUGACUCUGGUGUAAAGGGCUGGACAUGGCGUUUUGGGAACUACCUACUCCUCUCUGUGUCUCUCAUUGCAAUGCAAGUGCAGUCGGACCUGGAAUUUUCAAAGGACAGGCAUUAUAUGUGGAAAACGGGUCAUUGGGGCAGGUGUAUGGGAGAGGACUGUGGAACUGGUGGUGUUCAAUCCAGGACGGUAUGGUGCAUCCAUAUGGAGGGCUGGACCACACACCACUCCAACUGUCGGCAUGUAGACAAACCUGAGAGCCAGAGGCCUUGCUUUAAAGUGUGUGAGUGGCACCAAGACCUCUUUGAAUGGGAGGUGUCAGAAUGGGGGCUAUGCGUUCUAGCCUUCUUCCAGUCCAACGAGCUCAGACUGCAGACUGCAGAGUGUGUCACAGCCCAGCACGGCAUCCAGCGACGGAAAGUCCAUUGUGUGCGCACGUCAAACCGCACGGCUGUCACGGAGAGGAUAUGUGAAUUCUUCUCCCCACGACCUGCACUGGAGCAGGCUUGCUUGAUCCCCUGCCCGCACGACUGUGUCGUGUCCGAUUUCUCCUCAUGGUCCGGCUGCAGUAGAACAUGCGGUUCUGGGCUCCAACAUCGAACCCGCCACGUGCUGGCGGCACCAAUGUAUGGAGGUGCUAACUGCUCCAACCUCACCCAAACAAGAACUUGUGCAAACCUGUUGCCCUGCCCAGUUGGGGAGGGUGAACAUCACUACAGCCUUAAAGUUGGUUCCUGGAGUGAGUGCAGGCAGCCACAACAUAAAGGACUCUGGAUGAGUGGUAGAACCAUGCUUGACUUUAGUACAGGAGAUGCUGAGAGGAACACGGUGAAACGACAUAUCCAGAGCUCUCAACACCACCAUCACUAUCUCCACAACCACCAUCACAGCCUCAAGAGCUUGGAUGUGGAGAUUGGCUACCAGACGCGCCAAGUUCGUUGCAUGCAGAGCGAUGGCAAGAAUGCCAUGUUGAGCCUUUGUACCCUUGACAACAGCCCUGGAACAUUCCAGCCAUGCAUUAUGCCCAGAGACUGUGAGACCUCUGAUUGGUCAGUUUGGAGUCCUUGUUCAAAGACAUGCAGAGCAUCAGAUAUGUCUCCUGGUUUUCGGGUCAGGAGUCGGAGCAUAACACACACUCCCAUUGGUCUUGGCAAAGAAUGUCCCACCCUUGAAGAAAAGGAGGCUUGUAACAUCAUUGGAGAUUUACUUCCAAAUUGUCCCAGUUAUGUGUGGAAGAGCACAGAUUGGGGGGACUGUCAGGUGGCUCCUCUCCUCAGCCAGCAGGACAGAAGGCUAAACAAUGUUAGCAUUCUCUGUGGUGGAGGGAUUCAGACCAGGCAGCUGUAUUGCGUACAGGUUCCAGACAACUCCACCCCUCAUCACAAAAAAGAGGUGUCUAGGCCAGUAAGUGGGCAUUUGUGUGAAGGAGAUUUGCCCUCUGCGGUACAGCCCUGCUCCAUACCCUGUCCACAGCAAUGCCUGCUCUCAUCCUGGUCCUCCUGGGGAGCCUGUCUCCACGACAACUGCAUGGAGACCCAAGGACGAAAGGGCUACAGUCAGAGGAGGAGAGAGAUUCUGGAAGAAGGAUCUGGAACAGAAAACUGUGCCCAUCUCCUGGAGUCGAUGCCCUGUGAGGACCCGGUGUGCUUCCUGUGGCAGGUGCAACUUGAGGGUGCAUGUGUGCCCAGGAAUGGCAACUGUGGAAAUGGAACCAAGACUCAAAUCGUGGCUUGCGUCAACUCUCUAGGGCAGCUUGUUCCUGAGGAGCUCUGUGAAGAGGAACCGUCUCCUAAAGAGGUCUUAUGUGAGAUGGCAUGUCCAGGUGACUGUGUGCUAGGCUCAUGGUCUGAUUGGUCCUCCUGCUCCCACAGCUGCUCCAAUAAAAUAUCAGAGGGAAGACAAAGUCGCACACGGACUAUAUUAGGCCUACCAGGGGAAGCUAAGGCAUGUCCAACUGCUACUGCUCUGGAGGAGUGGAGAACUUGUAAUGAUCAUCCAUGCAUCAUAUUCUACUGGGAAGCGUUGCCAUGGGGACCGUGCAUUGAAGACUCCUCCAUGAAUCUAAAUGGCACUGGCUACUGGAACGGAACGGCCACCUGUGCAGUCGGAGUGCAGAUUCGUAAAGUGGUCUGCAUGAAAAUGGGAGUUGGGCCAGUUAUUCCAAAAAGGUGUCCAGAUUCUGCCCGACCAGACACCAUUCAAACCUGUUUAUUGCCUUGUAAGAAGGACUGCAUUGUGACUCCUUUUAGUGAAUGGACAGUCUGUCCUACAACAUGCCUACCAGUGAACAGCACCAUGCCGUCACAGUCACGAUACAGGAUCAUCAUCCAGCGGGCAGCCAAUGGCGGUCAAGAGUGUCCAGACACUCUUUAUGAGGAAAGAGAAUGCGAGGCUCUUCUGGUUUGUCCUACUUACAGAUGGAAGACACACAAAUGGCAUCCAUGUACUCUGGUCCCAGAUUCAGUCCAGCAGGGAAUGACAGGAUCGAGCCAAUCAUGUGGAAAAGGAUUAGAGAUGAGAGGAGUGAGCUGUGUGGACAAAUAUGAUGAGGUGGCAGAUGUAUCAGACUGUCUGCAGUGGGCCGGGCCGAUGCCAUCACGCUUCAGGAGCUGCUGGGUCCCCUGCAGGGAUGACUGCACUCUCAGUACUUGGUCUAAAUUCACAGAGUGCUCUGGCUGUGGGAACCGACGUACCCGCAAACGCACCUUAACAGGUCGAAGCAGGAAACAAGACCAUUGUCAGAGAGAAGGCCUUUACCCUCUGCUGGAAUCUGAACCUUGUCCAUGUGAUGAGUUUCUUUCUCAGCUGUAUGGUAACUGGUCAUCUUGUAUCCUGUCGGAUACGCCAACGCAAGCAUCUCUCCAGGGUUGGAGGGGUCGUAGAGAGACUCGUGUCUGUGGUCAGGGAUUACGUUAUCGAGCUGUGGCCUGUCUGGACCACGAAGGCCACCUGGUUAGCCCAGACCUCUGCAGCGAAACAGGUCUGGCAGAAGAGAUUUGCCAUGUGCCAUGCCCUCUGGACUGCAAGCUGAGCGACUGGUCGACGUGGUCAGCCUGCAGCGUCUCCUGUGGCAGUGGGCUGAAAAUCAGAUCCAAAUGGUUGCGGGAGAAGCCAUUCAACGGCGGCCGACCAUGCCCCAAACUAGAUCUGAAGAAUCAGGUGUAUGAGGCUGUGCCCUGCUACAUUGAGUGUGGUCAGUAUAAGUGGGUAACAGACCCCUGGUCAGUCUGCACCAUCAACACAGUGGACGAACUGCCAGCCUGUGGUGAGGGCGUACAAAGCCGCAAGAUCCGGUGUGUGAGGCGUGGCGGUGGGGAGAAUGUGAGCAGUGUGAAUGAGACCCUCUGUGACCAGGACGAAAUUCCUCCCCAAGCUCAGACCUGCUUCCUGCCGUGCCCUAAUGACUGUGUGAUGUCCCAGUGGAGUCAAUGGAGCACCUGUCCGAUGCCAUGUGACGAAAGCACAGUGAGGAUGAGGACAAGACACAUGCUGCGCCCCCCGGUGGCCGACAGAGUGUGUCCAGAGAGUAACCAGUCAGAGUCUUGCGUUGUCAACAGCACUUGCUUCAAUUAUCACUACAAUGCCUCCAGCUGGAGCACCUGUCAGCUAAGCGAACAUGCCAUCUGUGGCCAGGGCACGAGGACACGUCUCCUAGAUUGCAUCCGUAGCGAUGGCAAAGUGGUGGAUUUGGUCGUGUGCGAGGAGCUGGGCCUGCCUCAGCUGUGGAAAUUGGCAAUGAACUGUGUGGUGGACUGUCCCUUUAACUGCAUCCUCUCUGAUUGGACGCAAUGGACGGAGUGUUCACACACCUGUGGCAGUAAAGGUGUGAUGAGCCGCUCUCGCAGUGUGCAACAGCAAGCUCAUGAGGAGGGCCGCCCGUGCGCCUCCCAGCUCUCCCAGACCAAACCCUGUCCCAUCAGCCCCUGCUACACAUGGCUUCUGAGCAACUGGUCUCCCUGCGGAGUAGAGGGGGCAGAAUGUGGAGAGGGCACGAGGGUGAGGAACCUGACAUGUGUGGUGCACUUGGCAGACUGGCCGGACAGCCCCCACCAAACUGAAAUGGUAGAGGACGAGAAGUGUGGAGACCGUCUGAGAAAGGAAAGUGAGCAGGAACUGCAGCAGCCAUGUUUUGUCCCCUGUCCAGGAGACUGUCACCUUACAGAGUGGUCGCUGUGGAGUUCCUGUCAGCUGACAUGUUUGGAAGGGCGUAGUUUUGAGACCGUAGGGCGUCAGGCACGUUCUCGGGCCGUGGUCACACAAGUGCUAGAGAAUCAAGACAGCUGCCCUCACCAGGUUUUUGAGACACGUCUAUGCAAAGGAGGGAAAUGUCACAGUUACGAGUGGAGGACCAGUGCCUGGAAUGACAACGAAAGAUCAGUGUGGUGCCAGCGUUCUGAUGGGGUCAAUGUGACAGGGGGCUGCUUUCCACAGAACAGGCCGACCACUGUGCGCCACUGUCACCCUCCCUGCACCAAACCCUUUUCCCACUGUAAGCAGAGUGGCGUGUGUGGGUGCGAAAGGGGUUAUACUGAAGUGAUGACCACACACGGAUUCCUGGAUUACUGCACCAAGACCCCUGGUUCAGACAACAAGAAAGCAGAUGUGAAGACCAGCUCGGGAAGAUUAAAACCAGGCACUACUCAGAUCCAGGACUUCUUCGGCGAGUGGUCGCUGCAGCCGCUCGGCCCAGAUGGAAGAAUAAAACUGUGGGUCUACGGGUUAACGGUUGGAGGAUUCAUUCUGAUAUUAUUCAUAAUUGCUGUGGCCUUUUUGUUCUGCAACCCACACAAACAGAGUAAAAGUACAUCUCCACCUCAGAAGCCCUUGACACUGGCCUAUGAUGGGGAUGUGGACAUGUGAUCAAGCUCUCCGUGACUGUAUGUCAAAGCACAAGCUGGACUUCUUGCAACAUUUAAAAAUGUUCAUCUCUCCAAAAAAAACGACAAAAGGGGGUCAUCAAAGGACAUUUCAGUCUUGACAUCUGCAGCACCAGAACUUUGUGUGCAAGCCUGCAAGGACAACGGUUUUGGAUCAGUAAUCAUUUGGAAAAUGGUGACAUUCAAAGAGGGUACAAGACAGCUGACAUUCCACAGACCAGAUGGAGGACUUUGACAUUUUCUUGCCAUGAUUUUUCUUACAUUAGAAACAAGGGGAAACAAACUCAAAAAGGGCAUUUCAGGUUGUGCCGAAUAUAUUGCAUCAGUUGCAUUAAGCCAGUCUGAAAGUGACUUUUUAAUUAAAAGAGAACGAGAUAAGACUGAUGUGUUUUGCACUAUAUUAGUGCUUAGUCAUUCUUUAGUUCCUCUUUGUGUUCAAACAGAUUUUCUAGUGUUUUUCAUUGUGAUGCAAGGACUUUGCUGUAAACUGUUGUUUUCAUGUAGAAUGUCUUUGAAUGUGUGUAUGAUCCACACAGUUAACCAAAACACAGCUCAUUUAGACACUUUUAAAGGUUACGGAUGAUGAUCUGCUCAUGUGAAGCUGCUUCAUGGCUCCGUUUUGACCUUUAACCUCUGUCUAGAAGCUGAAAAAUGUAGUCUGCUCCAACCCCAAAAGGUAGUGAACUGUGUUCCUGUCCCAGAAGGGCUUUGAAAGUGACUUUAUGUAAUAUCUUGCCGUUAGAGGAAAUAAUUUAGCACAGAUAAAGUGGACCAAUGCAUUUAUGUCGAGUCUGCAUGAGCAUUAUACUGGGAAAGGUGGUUCAAUGCUAUGAAUGUGAAUAAUUUCCAGUAGAGAGUACAGGUGCUGAUUCUGUAUUUUGAUAAUAUUCCUUGUGUUUGAGAUUUCUUUAAAUAUAUAGUUCGCACAAAAUACAAAUUCAUAAUGUUGUUCCAAACCCGUGUGACUUUCUAUCUUCUGUGGAACACAAAAGGAGCCUCAGUCACCAUUUACUUUAAUUAUAUGGGAAAGAUCAGUAUCAUCAUUCUUCAAAAUUUCUCCUGAAGUCAUUCGUGUUUUAACGGCAUGAGGGUGAGUAAAUAAUGACAGAAUUUUCAUUUUUGGGUUAACUAUACCUUUCAUUUCUUUUUAUGAUUUUAUGUUCUUGCAGGCAUAAAUGAUUGUCUGUUUUUAUGACUUAGUGUCAAGUUUUGCUUACCUCCUUGUAAUGCCAUGUUAAAAAAAAAAAACAUUUCUUAAAUUUCAGUGGUCCUCAUUAUAAGACGAUGUACAGCAUAAGCUACAUAAGACCUCUUAUUCGUGUGGUCUUUCUCCACCCAAAGAAUGUACAUUUUAUUCUGUAUACUAAAUGCACAUCAACUUACAGGUUUGAUUAUGUUUUUCUUCAUUUGUUGAUUUAGUACCUUUCAUCAUUCUUUCCAUCCUGCCUAAUGUCCCAUGAGACUUGCUAAUGCUGUCCACAUUAUUUGUAAGUCCAAGCUGGUUAGUCUUCAACAGUUCCUUGAACAAUUUCUGUGUCCUCAUGAUAUUCAUCUGAAUAAUUUGGCUGCUCAUAGACUGAUGAAAUCAAAAGGCUUUGGCAUAUUUCUAAAUUAGUCCACCCUUGUGAGAACCUAAAUGUGUAUAGCUUAUAAUAGGUUUCAUUACCUUGCUUACAACCCCUGGAAAAAGAUGGCAAUAUAUGUAUUUAUUUAUUUUAAAGCCCAAUUAUGUGUGUGCAUGCUAGAUUGAUUUUGUCAUACACUGGAUUAUUCCAAAAGUGGCCUUGCAUUUUUAUGGAAAUUUGCUCCUAGUGACAUGAAGUCAACCGUGUGUUUUGUUCAUUUGAUUUUUUUCUUUUCAUUUGUUGCCCCUAAGAACUGACUUGUUUACAUGGCUUCUUCUAAUAUGUUAGAUAUGCUCUCAGCACUAUAUACAGUUGCCUGUAAAACACUGACAUUUAGUUUACAUAGUGCUUUCUGUUUUAAUUGUGUACUUGAAGAGUUGAACGAAAAUGCUAAUAAAUUGUGAUAUUCUGUGGAAAAUGUUGCUUAUUAAUAAUUUGUGA